UUUCAGAGACUUCAGAUGGUUUGGUUUAUGGGUUUUCCUUUUCUUUGAUCAUGCUUUAUGUUCAGAAAUUUCUGGGUUUUUAAGGAUAAUCUGAAGCAAUUCUUUUUGGGUUUUCAAGAUUCAAGAAUGCGAAAUUCUCACACAGUUAACCGCACACACACUCUUGGUUUCUAACGUUUAUUUCAAGAAACUUGUGUACAGAGAUUAACCCCUUUAGUUCUUCAAACUUCUCACGAGAAAUUCUGGGUUUCAGGGGUUAUUUCGAUUUCACAUGGCUACGAAGUUUAUGAUUUUGUUGGGGUUAAUUUGCAGAAAAUGGAUGACGAUCGAAUGAUUAAAGGGGUAGAAGAAUUGGCGACCCCUUCGUAUUUGGUGGUUGCUUUAGCUGUCAAUGGAAGCAAAAAGACCAAAUACGUUGUUAAAUGGGCAUUGGAUAAAUUUGUUCCUGAGGGUAUGCUUCUGUUCAAGCUGUUCUUCGUCCGCCCUAAAAUCACAAGGAUCCCAACACCAAUGGGUGCUGUUCCUCUUUCGCAAGUUCGAGAGGAUGUGGUGAUGGCUCACAAGAAGGACGUUGAAUGGCAAGCGUACGAAAAGCUUCUACCUUUCAAGAACAUGUGUGCUAAGAGAAAGGUGCAGGUAGAAAUUGUGCAAAUUGAAUCGGAUGAUGUUGUAGAUGCAAUAAAACAGGAAAUUUCUAAAGGCAAUAUCAGCAAACUUGUGAUUGGAGCUUCAUCAAAUAGCGUAUUCUCGAGCUUGCACAUACCUCCACUUAUCCCAAGGGGAGAUAACAGCCCGGAAAAUUACCAGAAGAGACAUGAACUAGCGACCUAUGGGGGACGAAAUUUGUCGGCAAGAAUCUCUGAAAGCAUCCCGAGCUUUUGUACAGUCUAUGCUAUUUCAAAAGGGAAGUUAUCUUCACUACGCGCUUCUGAUUCAGAGACCAUCGGAUCUACUAACGAUGAUAGCAACAGCAGUGAUUCUAGUUCUGUAACCAAUUCAAGUAUAGCUCGAACAGAGUGGACAGACCAAGGCUCAGCUACUUCAUACUCCCAGUUGUUUUCACCUUCACUACCGAUGCAACGAUUCGAAGCACUUUCAUCCAUAAACCGAACCCUUCUUCACAAAAGAACCGGUUCGUUAGAAAGUCCCCAAAAUAAGUUCACUUCCACAGAUGGGUGUGAUGGAGAUGAAACAACGGUUUCUUAUGCCAGUAAUCCUGAUUAUUUUCGUGCAAGCAGUACGCUUUCUAGUAACCAAAGCUUCUUGACCGAAAACCAGUCUUGGACCUCUGAUCAAGCUUCCACAUCUGGUGCUCCUUCGGAAUUUUCAUCAGAAAUCCAGGCUAACGAUAUCAACUUUGAGCUAGAAAAACUGAGAGUUGAACUGAGGCACAUUCGCGGCAUGUAUGCGAUUGCACAAAGCGAGACAUUUGAUGCAUCUAGAAAGUUAAACGAUCUUCAAAAACAGCAACUCGAGGAAUCGAUGAAACUCAAAGAGUUAAAAGUUAAAGAAGAGGAAGCGGAAGAAUUAGCUCGUAAAGAGAAGGAGAAAGCUGAAGCGGCUAAAAGACAAGCUGAAUGCGUAAAAGAUUGUCUACGAAGAGAAGCUGCUAUUAGAAAAGAAGCCGAAGAGAAGGCGUUACAAGAAUCUAGAGAGAAACAAAAGCUUCAAGAUGCCAUAAUGGGAACUUCGAUUAAGUAUCAGAAGUUCACGUGGGAAGAAAUCGUGGAUGCAUGUUCUUCGUUUUCUGAAGAUCUUAAGAUAGGAGCAGGAGGGAACGGGAUCGUAUAUAAAUCGAGCUUUCAUCAUACCGUUGCUGCUGUUAAAGUUCUUCAUUCUCAGGAAGCUCAUAGAACCAAGCAAUUUCAGCAGGAGCUUGAUGUCUUGAGCAGAAUAAGGCAUCCGCAUUUGCUUAUUCUCAUCGGUGCUUGUGUCGAUCAUGGUUGCUUAGUUUACGAGUACAUGGAGAACGGGAGCUUGGACGAGAGAUUAUUCCGCAAAGACGACACACCUCCGCUCAUGUGGUUCGAUCGGUUUAGAAUCGCGUGGGAAGUAGCAUCGGCCCUUGUUUUCCUUCACAACGCAAAGCCAAGGUCGAUCAUCCAUCGCGACCUCAAACCCGCAAACAUUUUACUCGAUAAAAACCUCGUGAGCAAGAUUGGUGACGUUGGUCUUUCGACGAUGCUUCAAUCGGAUCCUUCUUCCACAUCCACCAUUUACAAAGACACUAGUCCAGCCGGAACCCUUUGUUACAUCGAUCCAGAGUAUCAACGAACAGGAUUAGUUUCUCCGAAAUCCGAUGUUUACGCUCUCGGAAUGGUGAUCUUGCAGUUGCUAACAGCAAAACCAGCAAUCGCGCUGACCCAUGUGGUCGAAACCGCUAUCGAAGAUGACGAGUUAGCCAAAGUGGUGGACCCAGAAGCAGGCGAGUGGCCGGUUGACGAGACAAAGGAGCUAGCCGCUUUGGGGUUGAGUUGUGCUGAGCUUCGCCGGAAAGAUAGGCCUGAUUUGAAAGAUACGGUCCUUCCAGUACUGAAACGACUGAAAGAAGUUGCGGAUGAAGCUCAACGGAUGGCAUCGAGGGCUGGAACCACCCCUCCGAACCACUUCGUAUGCCCAAUACUUAAGGAUGUUAUGGUUGAUCCUUGUGUUGCUGCUGAUGGGUAUACUUAUGAUCGCAGGGCGAUAGAGAAAUGGUUGAAGGAGAGUGACAGUUCUCCGAUGACGAAUUUGCCAUUGGCGAGUACGAGCUUAACCACGAAUUACACACUUGUUUCUGCAAUCAUGGAGUGGAGAUCAAGAAAAUUAUGGUAAUUUUUGGGGGUUUUAGGGUUUUUUUUUGUGUACAUGUUUUUGUUUGAUUGAAAGAUAAAGCUGCUAUUUGGGUCUUCAUACGAACCUUGAAUUUGAUCUUUUUAUAUAAAUGUACAUGUUCUU